AUGCCUCGCAAAAAAGACCUAUUGCUUCUUUCAGGCUUCCUCUUUCAAAACCUUCCAGCAAUCCUUGCACAUCCCGCCCCGGGUCCGCCUGGAAUCUAUUCUUCAGAAAUACACAUCGACAGUACAGCCAGAUACAUCGAAAAUCCAAGUCUAGAUCGCGAAGAAUCCAGCCCAAGCUCUAUCCCAUAUGCCGGCUAUAUCACUCCUGUGGAUAGCGUUGAUGAGAACAGUGGAGGGCAAGGAGGAGGGCAGGGUUCAUGGGGAAAUCAGGGUCAGAGCAGUGGAGAUAGUACUCUGUCCACGGUGACUGAUAACAACUGUCCGGCCGGCUCUACAGAAACAACAACCGUAACUAUCACGACAGAUGGUAGCGGUGCAGACACAGCAACUAUUACAGAGACUGCUACCGAUACCAUCACAGCGCCCCCUAUACCAAGAACCGACACAGUAACCAUAACGGACAGCGCAAUACUAACAGAGACAAUCAGUUCCUGCACAGCAACAACCACAGACCUAACAAUGCUCACGACGAAUGGCCCGAUAAUAACCUCGACAAUAACUACACCCGGCACAACAGUAACAUCAACAACAACCGAGACAACGACAACAACCGAAACCACAGCAGCAGAAACAACAACUCAUCUCAUAAUCCUAACUCAAACAGAAACAGAAACAUACACAACAACCAAAACUGAUACUUUACAAAUAACAGUAACAAGCACCGUCACAUCAUCACCCUCAGACUGUUCAACCGCGCCAAACAACGGAACUCUAGACAAUGGCUCCUGCACAGAUCCAACAAUCAAAUACGAGUUUGGACUUGACGGUAGGACCGAAUAUUCUCAUACGACGAAUAACCAGAAGGAUUUUCCGUUUGGUUCGUCGCCUACCAUUGACUCUGUUGCGGAUUUGAUCUGUAAUCGGUUGAGGAGGUCUUGUCAUGCGCCCCAGGAGACUAUUGAUCAGUGUUAUGCGGCGGAGAGUGCGGUUUCGGGACUUGAGGGGCAAGAGGCGGCUGAUAUUUGGAAUAAGCUUAUGACUUGA